AUGUUCAUCCUGGUUAAUGAGGGCUUCUCAUUAACGGCUUUACGUGACGUGCCCUUCCCCGAGGACAGUGGUACGCGUGGGGGCUACGUAGGCUUUACGCAGCGUGGCCUUCCGACCUGGAAGCCAGUAGAUGGUAUUGGGUUACGUAGGCUUUACGUAACGUGUCCUCCCGACCCGGGAGACAUAUGGCAAUUGUACUGGGUUACGUAG